AUGCGUUGGACAAAAUCUAUGAACGAAAACGCAUUGCGAGCGUACUAUAGGGCGAAAGGGGAAGAAACUGUGGGAAUAGCGUAUAGGUCUCGGAUGCAUUGCUUUUUUGCUGAGCUGGAGCCGUCUAUCCCCGUCACGGAACAAAACCUGGCAGACCGAGUUCGGUACAUCAUGCGCUCGAAAAUAUUUGAUGAUGCCGAACUCGAACGACUACGACGUGAGGCUAUUCCGUCGUCGAAUGAAUCGGCUAUGGCUGGAGAUGCAGCUCCACAUUCGACAGACCAGCAUCCACACGUGGAAGCCGCCAUGGAUCUUCCAGUUGUGGUUGAUUCGAACGACGAUGAAAUAGUCUCCCACGAACUAGAGCAAAUGAGGAGUAUAUUGGAAGAGGCGAUUUUGGAAACGGGCAGCACCCCUCUCGAAAAUCGACCGCGGCUUCCCCGCAUACUCCUAAGCAAACGAAAUCGGGCUGUCGUGAGGGCUCUUAACCCAAUGCUGGUGACCUAUUUGGAAGCCAGCCGGGACCUUUGCGAGACGGACUCGAUUCUCUUUGGCGUCGCAGUGGCAGUUUGCCGUAUUAUUGGUGCCAAACUUCCCACAGUUGGAUGUGCUACUACACAAAGUAGCGCCAUCCCAGCCUAG